CCCUACAUCCACGUGCUCCGGAUCGAUUACUAGAGUCUGUUCAGCGGCUUAUGGCGGCGUUCUCUGAGUUGUGACAAGAUAGGAGCGCGUAGUAAUUUGUUUUCUACUCUACAUUCCUUCAUCCAGAAGUGAGCAUGGGUCGUCACUCUUCAGACAGUGAUGACAACAGUCGGAGCAGGAGGAAAAGGAGGCACAGACAGCGAUCUUCCUCCUCCAGCAGCUCCUCGGGCAGCAGAGUGACCAGCCGCAGCAAACACUCCAGAGAGAGAGCCAGAGAUACAAACAGGAGGCGCAGGCAUCGCUCUAGCAGUAGCUCCUCCAAAGACCUGAGCCACAGGAGGCGGAGCCAUAGCAGAGACAGGGGAGGGCGCAGCAAUUGGUCCCAUAGAUCUCGCAGUCGAAAUAGAAGGUCUCGCUCCCGUCACCGGAGGUCUCGGAGUCACAGCAGAAACAGGGACCACAGCCAGCGCAAAACUAGAGAAAAAGACAGGACACGAGACAAAAAUAGGGACAAAGGCAGAGAAAUCGAAAAAGCCAAAGAAAAAGAGAAACAAAGGGAAAAAGGAAGCGUCAAAGCUGGAUUAGAACAUCUGACACCUGCGGAACAUUCCAAAACGCGACUCCAGCUAGUACAUCAAGCGGCAGCAAAAGCCGAUGAAGUACUAAAGGCACAGGAAAAGGUGGACGAACAAAAGAAAAUUAAAGAGGAAGUAGAGGAAGUCACUCUGGCGGAGCAGGUGAGGAGAAUAAAGAACAUCGAGGCCAUCGAGAGCGACUCUUUUGUUCCUCAGGCUUUCAAAUCAUCUCGGGAUACCAUCAAGGCGGCUGAAACGUCUGAGAUUAAGAGAGAGUCAGAGACUGCCGCUGUGAAAGAAAUGACCUCUCUGCCCACUUCCAUCACAUACAAUGACAGCAACACCCUGGCUCACCCCAGUUUAUUCUUGGAUAAAGAGCAGGCAGAGAAGAUGUGGGUAAGCAGACUUAUUUCUCUUCGUCACGAGAGACUCAUGGGAAGUCCGGUACCCUGAUGAUGCCCGGCAUCUCCUACAACCCCAAAACCGCUGUUGGCAUAGUAUAAACAGAAUUAUUGUAUCCAUUGUAAUGCUAUCAGACUUGUGUCUUUUUUUCCCUGUUUUAUUCGUCCGUUCUUUUAAGAUCAAACACAUUUUAGUGACCGGCUGUUGCUUUCUAACUUCACACUGUUCGUAGGAUUUGGUUUCUCUUCUGUCUCAAUUCACAUUGUGCAUUUAGUGUGCUUGAACAUAUCUAAAGAAUAAAGUGCUACUACACCACCUGGUGGUUUAAAUGGGAAAUAUGUACAGAAACUCCAGUGUUUCAGUGGAUAUUCAUUGAUAAGUACUGUUCAACUGUGGGUGUUAUGGUUUCCAGAUUUCUUCUUUUUGUCUAUAUUAAAAAGCCAUCAAUACAGUAGUAUUAUUCAUAAGUAACUUUUAAUUCAUGUUCUCUUUAUCUUUUUUAUUGUUUGGUUGAUAAACAGCAGAAAAUAAUAAUAAACCAAAAGAAGGCAAUUCUUCUUCCCAUCAGCAUUAUUUUAUGACAAUUAUGUGCACUUUUUUUCUCUAAAAUCUGUUUAAAAUGUUACAGUUUUAAUUGUUGCGAAGAAUUUUUACUGGUGUCAGUAGGCUUAAAAUGUGACUAGUUCAGAGUGCUUUGCGGUGCUCAGUAGCUAAUUUAUUUUUUACAUAUCUCUGUACAGUGUCUGACCAUGAACUUUUACUUUAGGGAUAGUUCACCCAAAAAUUCAUUCUCAAAAUCAUUUACUCACCUUCGAGUUGUUCCAAAUGUGUAUAGUUUCUUUGUUCUGAUGAACACAGAGAAAGAUAUUUGGAAGAAUGCUUAUAACCAGACAGAUUUUGACCCUCAUUGACCCCCAUAGUAGGAAAAAAUACUUGAACACAAAAGAAGACAUUUUGAAGAAUGUCGUACAGCAAACAGUUUUGGGGCACUUUUGACUACCAUUGUAUUUUUUCCUGCUCAAUGGGGGGGGGGUUCUGGUUAUAAGCAUUCUUCCAAAUAUCUUUCUCUGUGUUCAUCAGAACAAAGACAUUUAUAAAGAUUUGGAACAACUCGAAGGUGAGUAAAUGAUGACUGUAAAUGAGUAAAUGAAAUUUUUGUAUCCCUUUAACACCACAGGUGUGUCAAGCUGGCGAAUGCAUGCACCCUUUAACUAAUAAACAUGCCGGUUGAGAAAGGCUAAGUGAU